AUGGGGUCCGACGCCGAUGACGACGACUCCUUCGAGUUCAGCGACGACCCCGAGCUCGAUGCCAUUGCCUCCGGUUCCCUGAAACUAUCAAGUACCCAUAGGGUCAACUACAAUGCCCUUCUGCACUACGUGUACCCGUCAAAUAUGGACGAACGCGUGUACCAACGCGUCAUUAUCGCCGCCGCCAUGUUUGAAAACACCCUUGUUGCCCUUCCUACAGGGUUGGGAAAAACGUUCAUAGCUGCCACGGUGAUGCUCAAUUACUACCGGUGGUUUCCCGACCUGAAAAUCGUGUUUAUGGCGCCGACACGUCCCCUUGUGGCCCAGCAAAUCAAGGCGUGUGCGCUGAUCACGGGGAUCCCGGCUCUGGAAAUGGCUGUGCUCAUUGAGAAGCCAAAGGCAAUGAGACAGGCGCUUUGGGAUAAGCACCGGGUGUUCUUUUCGACGCCGCAAGUGGUGGAUAAUGAUCUCCGCAACCAGGUGGUGCUGGGCGAGCUGAUGUGUCUCCUAGUGAUGGACGAAGCCCAUCGCGCUAAAGGCAACUAUGCCUAUAAUAAUGUGGCGCAGUUUAUGGCUCGUUUGGGCACUCAGUGUCGCGUAUUGGCGCUUACAGCUACUCCCGCCACCACGUUGGAAGGCGUCCAGGAACUCGUUACAAACUUGAAGAUUUCCAAGCUUGCGGUGCGUACAGACAAACUGGACGAUAUCGUACCCUAUCUACAAGAAAAACCGCUUAUCCGACGACGUAUCGGGCCCCUGAAUGAAAUCAGCCAGAUCAUGCUGCUUUUAGCGGAUGCGGUGAAACCGAUAUUGGACCAGGCUAAUGCCCGCGGCAUCUUAAACGUGUUCAACCCGUUAUACCUUCUGAAAAUGGCGUGUGUUGAAGCGCUGAGGAAGAUGCAAAUGGAUACUUCUAUGGGACCAGCACGGUUCUCAGCAGCACCGAUGCUUAAAGUGCUUCUGAUGGUGGGUGAUGCAAUGUCUAAGCUUAAGAUUUACGGGAUCAAACAUUUUUGGCAGUGGUUUGAAGCUAAAGACGCCGAACAAAAGAAGUCUAAGGGGAAGAUGAUGCGCGAGUUUUGGGACCAUCCUAACAUCGAUGAAGUAAGACAACUUGCUAAGGAAGUGGCGGAAAACCCAAAGGCAGUGGGGCAUCCAAAAACUACUGCUGCUCUCGACGAACUUGAAAUCUUCUUUGCCGAAGCCGACGACCUGCUGCGGGUGAUUAUCUUCACUGAACUUCGAGCGCUGGCGCUUGAGUUGGUACUGGCAAUCGCUGAGUGUAAGGGAGCACGACCACAUAUUUUCAUUGGUCAAGCAGGAGCUAAAGACGCGCAGGUAGUAGCCUCUGACAAUGCGGCCAAUCCUCGGACUAGAGGCAAACAAAUUGAGUUUGAUAACGCUGUUGACUCGUCCAAGCAUGUACACGCUCGGGGGAUGUCUCAGACAGUGCAAAAGCGAAUCAUUUCCGAGUUCAAGCUGGGUAAACAUAAUGUGUUGGUAGCCACUUCCAUUGGUGAAGAAGGGCUUGAUAUCGGUGAAGUCGAUUUGAUUAUAUGCUAUGACCUGACACUGCUGCCAAUCAAAAAUAUCCAGAGAAUGGGGCGUACGGGGCGUAAACGUGCUGGUAAAGUUGUCCUAUUAUUCUCUGGCAACGAGGAGGCUAAGUUUGAUCGGGCGUUGACUCAGUACGAUGUCAUCCAAGGUAAGCUUGAGACGAAUCCGGAUUUGGUGGCGUUAUCACCGCCGGUGCGAAUGAUCCCGCCGGGGUAUCAACCCGAGAUUCGCCGAGAGUUUAUUGAGAUUGAUGGUGAGAACCGAGUGAUCGAACAAGAAGACGACGACGACGAGAUUAUCCGCCUUGCUAGUGCCUAUCUGAGUCGAGGAGUGAAGCCAGCGAAGAAGUCCGAUAAGAAAAAGAAGCAGUUUUUGUAUCCUGAUGGCGUUCCUAAAGGGUUUCAAAGCGUUACCGAUAUGCUUAAAGGUACUCCGAGAAAAGCUAGUUCUCACGAUACUACUGCCCAAACUACAUUUGCUGCUGCAUCCCCUCCCGUGAAGCCUCCGGUAAAACCAGUAGCUCCUCCAGUGCUGAUGUCGCCUAUCCAACAGUCGUCGAUACUGGUCAAACCGGAACCGUCUACUUCUUGGGAACCACUGCCAAAACGAGCUAAGUUAUUUGAGAUUAGUGACGACGAAUUACCUCAGUAUAUCGUCGUCAAGUCUCUGCCCAAAAGUCAAACUAAAAGUCAGGUUAGCGCCAAUACUAGCCAAGGCAGCGGUCAACCCAAAAGUCAACCGAAAAGUCAACCGAAAAGUCAACCCAAGAGUCAAACUAGCACUCAACCAUUAGCCACUCAGGCUGAUUCCGACGACGAUCUUCCCUUAAAUUCCUUCCGCCACCAGCCACUGAUCACUACCAAUCAAAACAUUAACGACUCUGAUGACGAUUCUGAUGUCCCAUUAAGCUCGCUUCGAGACCAAAGAGAGGAUGAUAUGCCGCUCAUUCGACUCCGGCUGGCCACCCCCGUCGCCUCCACUGAUGAUACCCCGCUAGCGCGUCUUUCCUCAUUUGACAAACCGCCAGCACCCCCCACCACGUCGACGAAGACGCGUUCGCUCCCACCGCGCCCAGCGCUUAUCAGGACACGUGAUGAGCCCAGACCCACCAGAGAUGAGCUGAGUGAUGACGAUGACGAUGUAUUCGACGACGGUCUUGAUGAUUUACUUAGUCAAAUUGGUAGUCUGGUAUCCAAGCCACCUCCAUCUGUCCAGCCUCCACCUCCAGCGCCUCUGAGGCAAACAUCAGUGCUACAAUCGAAGCCACCACGUAUUAUCGACCCGAAACGGAUAGACCCGAUGGACGGCCUCGACGUACCGCUGCAUAUGGGCCACUCGUCAAUUGUCCAAGGGCUUAUCGACCUUGGCAAGCACUGGUCCGCCCCGCCCGAAUAA